AUGGUAGACAAAAGAACCCCUGGCGGGCCCCUUGUAGCGCCCUGUACCGCCCUGCGCCAGCCCGCCAGCCCGCCAGCGCCCCGAGCGCCCGACAAGCAUUUCGACGCUUCUGGCUCUGGCCGAGUCCAGGACCCGCCCGCGUUCGGAAGAGCAUCGAAGCCCAGGGUUCAGUUCAGUUCAAUAUUCGUGCGAGAACGACUUGUGCUGUUGUCGCCACGCCGCCCCGAGCACAACCCGACGGCCUCCCUCAACUUUCUCGAGUCGCCGACACCAUCACACCCGGAGCCCAGGUCCUGGAAUCCCCUCGCGACCCCCGGAGCCCCUGCCGUACCGCCGUACCGCCGUACCGUCUCGCACUUCCACGAGAUUCUAUAUCUAAACGCCGACAUCGACAUCAUGGCUUCCGCUGUCGACCAGGCCCUCGCCCUGAAGAAUGACGGCAACAAGGCCUUUGCAGCCCACGACUGGCCCAAGGCGAUCGAUCUCUACACCAAGGCCAUUGAGCUGAACGAUAAAGAACCGACCUUUUUCCUGAACAGAGCCCAGGCCAACAUCAAGUCCGAAGCGUACGGCUACGCCAUUGCAGAUGCGACCAAGGCCAUAGAAUUGAACCCCAAGCUUGUCAAGGCCUACUUCCGUCGCGCCAUCGCCUAUUCUGCCAUCCUCAAGCCGAAGGAUGCGCUCUCCGACUUCAGGGAGUGUACAAAGCUCGACCCGAACAACAAGGAUGCCAAGGUCAAGCUGGCCGAGUGCCAGAAGCUGGUGCGCCAGCUGAACUUCUUCGCCGCCAUCGAGCUCCAAGACGAACCCUCGGCGGCAGAGGGCCUCGACUUGGAUGCCAUGGCCAUUGAGCCCGAUUACGAUGGCGUCAAGCUGGGUGAUGAGAUGACCCAGGAGUUUAUUGACGACAUGAUCGAGCGCUUCAAGAACGGCAAGAAGAUUCACAAGAAAUACGUUUACCAGAUCGUCAUCGCUGCAAAGAAGCUGGUCUAUGACGAGCCCACCAUGGUGGAGAUGAAGGUUCCCGAGGACAUUCAGUUGACGGUCUGCGGUGACACGCAUGGUCAAUACUUCGAUCUUUUGGAGCUCUUCAGGCUCAAUGGCCGGCCUACGGACAAGCACUGGUACUUGUUCAACGGUGACUUUGUGGACAGAGGAUCUUGGUCGACCGAGAUUGCGCUCCUGCUCUACGCCUACAAGUGGUUAAGGCCCCACGGCAUGUUCCUGAACCGAGGCAACCACGAGACAGAUGACAUGAACAAGGUGUACGGCUUUGAAGGCGAGUGCAAGGCCAAGUAUAACGAACGUGUUUUCAAGCUGUUUUCAGAGAGUUUCUCGGCUUUGCCUCUAGCUACCUUGAUCGGAGACAAGUACCUAGUCCUCCACGGUGGUCUGUUUUCUGACGACAAGGUCACCCUCGACGACAUCCGGAAGCUUGACCGUCACGCCCAGCGACAACCUGGCCAGGCCGGCUUGAUGAUGGAGAUGCUGUGGACGGAUCCUCAGACCGCCCCAGGCCGAGGCCCCAGCAAGCGCGGUGUGGGUAUGCAAUUCGGUCCGGACGUGACCAAGCGAUUCUGCGACAACAACGGUCUCGAUGCCAUCAUCCGAAGCCACGAGGUCCGCAUGGACGGUUACGAGGAGGAGCACGGAGGAAAGUGCAUCACAGUCUUCUCGGCGCCCAAGUACUGCGACCAAACGGAGAACCGCGGUGCAUACAUCAACAUUGGCUCCGACUACAAGCUGCAGUUCAACCAAUUCGACGCGGUCCCUCACCCGGACAUCAAGCCCAUGGCAUACGCUAACAGCUCGUUAAUGUCUAUGAUGUAG